UCUAAUGUUAGAAACAUUAAAUCAUGUUCUCAGAACAGUCUGACCAGUAGCUGCCAGGCUUUAACGUCCGCAGGUCGAGGAUGUUGGCAAACACAGGAAGUCUGUUGACUAAUGUUCAGGGCAACAACAGUGAACCUCAAGUGUACCUCUUCACACUGAACAGAUUUGCACACAGGAUGGCUGGACGUGCUGCGAGGCUGCUGCUGCUGCUGCUGUUAUCUUUGAUCACAGCAGGUGUAAUUGGAGAUGAUGGUCUGAUAUUUGCUGAACGGGUUUAUGAUAUUACAUUCCCAUGUGAGGACAAUUUAGUCUGCUUUUAUAUAUGGCAGCUCAGCACAAGCCAGAGCAGUGAUCACAUUGCUAUAGUCAGUAAUGGAGAGAUCCAGACUGCUGCAUCAGAGGACCAGGACUCUAAAUGCACUCUGCAAAUCACAGAUCUAACAGUGGAGGAUGUCGGACGUUAUCGCUGCCAACAAAGGCCAGAUGUCUUCUCUUCUGACAUCACCCCCACAGCCAUGCCAGAGUUAAACCUCAUGCCUGGUAAAACAGUGUCCCUGCAGUGUAUUCUCCUCUCCUACGUAGAGGACGGACAGUGCCAAACACCACUACACCAGGUCAGCCUGACGUGGGUGGAUGAAGCUGGCACUGAAAUACAAGAGGACUCCCAACAUCAGAUAAGAAAGGAUUCUUCUUGUGCUGUCACUCUGACUGUCACACUUAAAAGUCCUGAAAACAAGAAGUUUAGGUGCCAGGCGACAGUGGACGACGAAGUCCAGACUUCAGUGGAGUUGCGGGUCCGAGUCCCAGCUCUCAAAGGGAGGGGAAGAGGACUCUUCAUAGAGCUGGAACCAGAAGAUCAAGGUGGCAACCAGGACACGAUCGGCGUGGCUGUGGGGGUGGUGGGAUGUCUGGUUUUGACAGCGCUGGUUGCAUUGUUUGCUGUGAACAGAAGAAGAACAAGCAGCCAGCUGCCGGAUGAGUCUUGUUACACCAUCAGUACCAACAAUAUUAUGAACGAAGAGGACGUGAUCUACGCUGACAUUAUUCUACCCGUGGCCCCUGACAGAGUGUGGGUCCAUGAGUCCACUGAAUACGCCUGUGUCCUACACAAAUAGACUGCUAUCCAAAAUAUAACCUGCAGCUUGUGCUUUCUUUAUCUGUGAGCUCCAACUGUGUGUUUUAAUACUGUGAUUUGCUCCACACCAUCCCUGCACUGUAACUAUAGUUUGUAGGCUACUUAAAUCAGGAACAAUAAUAAUUUGAAUAGUCUACCUCAUUAUGUUUUACUUCUCUUUUAUAGAUAUUUCAACAAUGUAUUUUCUCUCUACCAGAGGAUGUAUUCACUGAAGUUUGUGGGGUUUGUUAUUUUCUUUGCAAAACUGUGUUCAGGUCUAUAAUAAAUCAAAA